GAUAUACCGUCUCACACAGGAACGGAUGAACUUUUAGAGAUUGUCAAUUGAGCAAGAGAGACUGACUGAUAAACCAGAUUGCUGGUUUAUUCAAUUAUAUGCACAUCCUGUAGGUGGCCGGUGGUUCAGGCUGCCAGAGCACCACAGACAGGCCCCUCUGACUCUAAUCUAGAGGUGAUACUUCUCCCAAGUGCUUCUCUUCUAUGAAAUCCACAGGGAUACAGGACAGGACCAAGGAGUACCAGGGUGCUAGGCUUAGUGGCACCAGGAACACCUGAUCCUUCCAUACAGGAAGAAACUGAGGACGCUCAGUGCAACGCCCAACACAGGUUAAGACAAAGCCGAGACUCAAAAUCAGACCCCAGCUUCCGGUCCCAGCCCAUAGAUUCUUCCAUUUCCUUCGCCGGAAGUGAUAUACAGCCCCUGUUCUCCUUCGUGUCCGUUGACGGGUCCCAGGCUGGGGAGGCGGAAGAAUGGGCGGGACCACGGGCGGAAGCACCCCUCCUACCGGGACCCGGAAAAACAUGGCCACACCGAGCCGGCCUAUCCGGAAACUGGUUCGAAGAAGACGGGGAUUGGCUAUCGCUUCCGGAAGUUACGAGCUUUGUUUCGGAGCGGGAUCUCUUCCGAGACGCCCUGGGGGCCGGAUGGAUCACUGUAACUGCUGGUGACGACUGGAUUAUAGGAGGGCAGGAAUUGUGAGAAACCACUCAGGAGGCUACUGCUGUAGAUGAGCGAUGUGACCUAGCGUAUGGGAGAGAAGUGGACGAAUCAAAGUAGAAUCCUGCUUGUCUGUGAAAUGCAGUUAACACAUCAGCUGGACCUAUUUCCCGAAUGCAGGGUAACCCUUCUGUUAUUUAAAGAUGUAAAAAAUGCAGGUGACUUGAGAAGAAAGGCCAUGGAAGGCACCAUCAAUGGAUCACUGAUAAAUCCUACAGUGAUUGUCGAUCCAUUUCAGAUACUUGUGGCAGCAAACAAAGCAGUUCACCUCUACAAACUGGGAAAAAUGAAGACAAGAACUCUAUCUACUGAAAUUAUUUUCAACCUUUCGCCAAAUAACAAUAUUUCAGAGGCUUUGAACAAAUUUGGUAUCUCAGCAAAUGACACUUCAAUUCUAAUUGUUUACAUUGAAGAGGGAGAAAAACAAAUAAAUCAAGAAUACCUAAUAUCUCAAGUAGAAGGUCAUCAGGUUUCUCUGAAAAACCUUCCUGAAAUAACAAAUAUUACAGAAGUCAAAAAGAUAUAUAAACUGUCUUCACAAGAAGAAAGUAUUGGGACAUUAUUGGAUAGUAUCAUUUGUAGAAUGUCAACAAAAGAUGUUUUGUGAACUGUCAGAAAUAUUACCAAAAAUUCAGUAUUAAACAUUGAUUUUCCUUUCCUGA